CAAUGACAUUUCUAUUCCUAUUUGGAUUAUAGGUGGGCAAUCGUGGCCGAGGUUGACAUACGAGAAACUCCGGUCUGUGAACAUGUCUUUGCGGAGUAAUUUCAGCCGACUUCAUCUAUCUCUUGGAUCAUUGUUGGAUGUCAUGAUUCAGUUGUUGGAUUGUAUCGUCGUACCUGACAGUCUGUAUGGUGUUUUGGUAUCGUAUUCAGACCCGCCCCUGGCACGUGAACAAACAUUCCUCCCUUGUCUUUCCCUCUCUACCCCAUCUCCAGCUAAAUCCUCCCUACAGUCUCCCCGUUUUCGCGCUCAAUUUAACAAUCGGACGUCAUGUCCUUCAACCGGAAAUAUGCCGGUCUCCCUGACCUGGAUCUCGCUCCCGAUAUCUACGAGACGCCUGAUUUGACCGACGGAGGCUCUACCAUACCGACCACAACACUUCGAACCGCAUCCAACGUAGACGAUGACGCUGGUUCUAACUCUGACAUCGACCGCCAAGGGAUCAACGCCGACGAGGCGCGUGCUCACUUCCUCGGUGCCACCGUCGACGCCCGCGAAGUCAAUUUUUCGGACAGCAUAGCCGCAAAAAGGAAAGCAUACAGAAGCAAGAGCCGCCGGCGACGGCGACACGACCUUGGCGCCGACGAACUCGACGAUUUCAGCGAUAGCGAAGACGAGAGCUGGGAGCGCAAGCUGGCUCGUCUGCGCCGCGAAGUCGAGGAAUUGAAAGACCAGCUGGCAACCCAACAAUCUAGUACUGAAUCUGCAGAAGCGUCUGCCUUGCACAAACCUGGACCGGAAGGAACAGAUGGUGUUCUGGAAUUGAGUCGCGCAUUGGACAAUCUCUAUGCAUCCUCGCGCAGUGGCCCCUCCGGCUCUCACUCGGCCGCAGCCGUCCUGUCCCAGAAACUCGCCUCCACGUCCACCCCAGACUCCCCAGUCAGUAGUCCGGCCCAGCUGGACGACCGCAAGCCCGCAAACAACCGCCCCCAAACACCCCCUUCCCCCUCCGCGGCCGGCGGCGGAGUGCUCGCCCAUGCGGCUGCGUUCGAUGGUCGAUUGGCUCUCAUUGAGGCUGCCAUGGGAAUCUCCAGCUCCUCAAAUCCAUUCGUGAACGACGGCAUCUCCGAACCAGCCCUCCAACCAGUACUACCCGCACUCGACCACCUCACCUCUCGUCUGACCACGCUGAUGAAUCUUCUUGUCGGCCCAAACCCUGCCUCGGCCUACCCAACCAUGGGCUCGGCUCCUCCAGCAACCACAGUAACCACGCCCCAUCUGGAAUCCCUAACAACGCGCGUGCGUAAACUCACCGCCGACACGGAGGCCCUGGCUACCGCCCGCAAGCGCGCCGUUGACGCUGCCAAAGCCGCCCAGAAUGCGCGUAUCUCCUCCACAGCCCUUGAGUCGUCCGAUACUUCUGUAACCUCUUCGUCCGCAACAGAAAUUGAUCCCGCUGCCACCCAGCGUGACGAGCAAGCCACCAAAAUUCAGGCUCUCUAUGCCACCCUCCCCACUAUUCAGUCCCUCCAUCCAAUUCUCCCUAGUGUUCUUGAACGACUCCGCUCACUGCGUGCCAUCCAUGCGGGGGCCGCACAAGCUUCUGAAUCGUUAGAUGUGUUGGAAAAGCGACAAGCCGACAUGGCGCGGGAAAUUGAGCAAUGGCGCGAGGGUCUCCGAGUGGUAGAGGAGAAGAUGAAGCAGGGAGAGGCGGCAUUGAAGAACAACAUCGAAACGGUGGAGCCAUGGGUCAGAGAUUUGGAGAGUCGGCUGGAUAGGUUGGGGGUCAGCGGAGUGUAGACGAUAAAUGUCGUCUGAUGCCGCACGUCGAGCGGACUUUGGGACGGGCUUUGCAAACUCACAGGAAAGGAGAGACCCGGCAAGUGCAGGUCAUGGGUUGUCGGAUGUAUUUGCCUGUCUUGUUUAUGUUGAGCGAAGACACACUUGGACUAUCACGAGAAUACACAUACACUAAUACC